AUGGCUGCUCCCAACUAUCCCCCACUCUCCGAGAAGCAGGAGGAAGAGCCAAAAAUACAUAACCCUGCCACAAAACAAACGGGAAAGAAAUCCGCACGGGGAGACGACGCCCACGCCGAACAUGCCUCCGACUCAGAAACCUCGAGCAACAGCCACGGCCCCCAAAUCGAAAAGUCCGGUGAACGCAAACUCACCGAAGACGACUGCUACGAUAAACUCGGUUUCUGCUUCCCCUGGUACAAGAAAUGGACCAUCAUCUCCGUGAUCUUCAUGGUGCAGAUGUCCAUGAAUUUCAACACAGGCGUCUACGCCAACGCCGUAACAGGCCUGACGGAGGAAUUCCAUAUCAGCGAACAGGCUGCGAGAGUGGGCCAGUGUGUUUUCCUCGUCGCAUACGCAUUCGGAUGUGAGCUGUGGGCUCCUUGGUCUGAGGAAUUCGGUCGCUGGCCUAUCAUGCAGCUCUCUCUGUUCCUGGUGAACAUCUGGCAGAUCCCCUGCGCUUUGGCGCCUAAUUUCGGUACGAUUGUCGUCUGUCGUGUACUGGGUGGUCUCAGUUCGGCCGGUGGCUCAGUCACUCUCGGUAUGACGGCCGAUAUGUGGGAACCGGAUAACCAGGGCUUCGCCGUGGCAUAUGUGGUGCUUUCUUCUGUGGGAGGCUCAACAAUCGGUCCUGUUUUUGGCGGUUUCAUCGGCCAGUGGCUUACCUGGGAAUGGGUCUUCUGGAUCCAGUUGAUUGUCGGCGGAUUCACCCAAGCACUGCAUUUCUUCUUAGUCCCUGAGACCCGCGCCUCAAUUCUUGUUGACAAAGAAGCGAAGCGCCGUCGCAAGGCCGGCGAGGAAGAAGUCUAUGGACCAAACGAACUAAAGAGCCCCCGCCUAGACGUCCACGAAUUCCUCGCCCUCUGGCGCCGACCAUUCGAAAUGUUCCUCCGUGAACCAAUCGUCCUCUUCCUCUCGCUCCUAUCCGGUUUCUCCGACGCCCUAAUCUUCGUCUUCACUGAAUCCUUCACCCUCGUCUUCGAACAAUGGAACAUGAACACCCUCUGCAUCGGCCUAACAUUCUGCUCAAUCCUCGUCGGCUACCUAAUCGCCUACUUCAUCUUCCUCCCCGACGUCUACCGCCAAAUGCAACUCCGCAAAAAGAAGGCGCAGCCAGCCGCUACGCCGAGCGCCGUCUGCUCCUCCUCCUCUUCAUCGCACCCCUGGAACCAAUUGGCCUCCUAG